GCAGGACCUUAAAUAUAAGGCCUCCGGGUCCUCCCCACUUCCUGCCGCACUUGCACUCCGCUGUCGCCAUGCCGCCCUACACCAUCGUCUACUUCCCGACCCGAGGUGCGGCCCCUUUUCCUUCAGGAGGGCGAAGGGCACAGACAGGGCCCCAGCAGGACGCUCGUCUGGACAGUGCCUGAGGCAGAGGGCGCUGCGAGGCCACACGCAUGCUGCUGGCCGACCAGGGCCAGAGCUGGAAGGAGGAGGUGGUGACCAAGGAGUCCUGGCUGCGGGGCCCACUCAAGGCCUCCUGUCUGUACGGGCAGCUCCCCAAGUUCCAGGAUGGAGACCUCACCCUGUACCAGUCCAAUGCCAUCCUGCGACACCUGGGCCGCUCCUUGGGGCUCUAUGGCAAGGACUGGCGGGAGGCAGCACUGGUGGAUAUGGUGAACGACGGCGUGGAGGACCUCCGCCGGCACUGCAGCCAUCUCAUUCACCAGAACCACGAGAAGGACAAGGCCCAGUAUGUCCGGGAGCUGCCAGGGCACCUGAAGCCUUUUGAGACUCUGCUGUCCCAGAACCAAGGGGGCCAGGCCUUCAUCGUGGGCGACCAGAUCUCCUUUGCGGACUACAGCCUGCUCGACCUGCUGCUGAAUCACCAGGUCCUGGUCCCCGGCUGCCUGGACUCCUUCCCCCUGCUUUCAGCCUACGUGGCCCGCCUCAGUGCCCGGCCCAAGCUCAAGGCCUUCCUGGUGUCCCCUGAGCAUGUGAACCGCCCCAUCUUUGGAAACCGCAGGAUAUGAGCCCACUCAGCCUCCCCUGGGAGAGGCACUGCCCUUGGGACCAAUAAACACGG